GCGUCCUUUUGGUUUCCAAGGAAACGUGGCAAAGGACAGAACGCGGACAGACGAGCGUAUUCGACUGAAACUGUCCUUAGGCAGAAAGAUAAAACAGCCUUAUCAUACUGUGCAAGUUCUCGGUAUUUCUAUUCCUCCUCUAGCACGUCUUGUUUUCCUUAGUCAAGGUAAAGAAGUGGAUGAGAGUAUCGAAAGCCUACAGCCUGGAGAGAGAUGGAGACUGACUCUUGUGCACUGCCACUCCUUCCCCCAUCCCUUCAUUCAUCCCUUACUCUCUGCCAGGCUGUCCCCUCACUGCCAUUUACACCCCAGCCGUCCCCUCCUCUCGCUACCUCGUUCCCACUUUCCCCUCUGUCACCGUCUCACUCAGUCCCCCCCUCCCCCACCUCUGCCCCAUUUUCAGCCCCAGAUUCUGCCUUUCAGUCAAACCCUCUCUCCCCUCCUCAGCCCCCCAAGUCACCUGCCCCGCUCUCUCAGGGCUCUAACCCUCACUGCCUCAGCCUGACAGCCUCAUCAGACCAAGAUGACCUGACCUGCCUCAGCUGGUUACACCAAAGGGGUGACUUGCUCCCGCUGCAGCCUCUGCCCAAAACGGCACCAUUGCCCCAGCUUGCGCAGCCGGACUCCUUACCUGCUCAGCAUCUCCCUCCCUCUCCCUCCAAGCCCCCUUACUCCUUCAGCAGUCUAAUCUUCAUGGCGAUUGAAGAUUCCCUGGACAAGAGGCUGCCUGUUAAGGGAAUCUACGAGUGGAUAGUUAAGAGCUUCCCUUACUACAGAGCGGCCCCUGGUGGCUGGAGGAACUCUGUGCGACACAACCUGUCCCUGAAUAAGAGCUUCCGUCGAAUACACCGUGAAAAGGGCCAGUCUGUGGGCAAGGGGUCACUGUGGUACGUGUGUCCAGAAUACAGACCUGCUCUUCUGGAGGUGCUCAGAAAAAGUCACUAUUGCCACAAGACUAACAACAACUUGUACAACAAACCUUUGUUGCUGGAGGGAGGAGACUUGGGAGAAGCCAUGGAGUGUGACACUGUGGAGAUCUCAGAUUCCCUUUCCCAAACCCUCCUCCUCUCUUCACUCUCCCCCCCAACCCCAACCUUGCCUUCCGAGCACCCCACCCUGUCUUCUGACCCACCGUGCCCUCUGCCCCCUGACCAUGAGGAGCUGGUUACCAUGGAGGCGGUAGAACUCCAGGAAGAAAUAGCCGAGGAGGUGGAAAAAGACCCCUUGGCCGACAGUGGCUACAUCGAGUUCCAUUACUACCAGUACCACCAGUACCAGUACCUGGUUCUGCCCGGGGAGACGGAGCUGGACCUGGAGACAGUGGAGAUCCUGCAGCUGGAUGCUGAGGCUCAGGAAGCGGCUGGGUCUCUGUUGGACCUGGCAGGGGGCGGACAUUGACCUCCUUGGGAGUGAUUGUGAGAGUUACAACAGACUGACUGACAUACGCUAAGAAAGACUGACAACAUGUCACCAGACCGAUACCAAAACUGCCUGAAACAGUCACAUUUCAUAUGCUGACAGAGUGAUGUAGUGAAAGUACUGAAUACCACAUUACCAGAUGCACUUUUGAAACACAAAACCACACAAGCACUGACAAAUCAUGCACGUCUGACUGCUCUGCUUUCGGGAAAUCACUAUUUUCUAGUGCAAAUAUGAGCAAGACAAAUAUAAAACAGAAAACUGAAUUGUUAUAAAGCAAUGAGACCUAUGUGCAAGUGAACACACAUUGUUUCAUGUGACAGUGACUGUAUUAAAAUGAAAAUGAUUGCGAAAUCAACUGCCAGUAAAUCUACACUGUGAUUCAGGGGACAGAGAAACUUGGAAAGUUUAAUGUUCAAUUUCUUAGUGUGUGAUUAACAUAAAUGUGAAAUAUUUUAAUUUUGUAGUUCAUUCUUUCAAAACAUGUAAGUUGAUUUUUUCCCUAUGUUUCUGUUAUUGCUCAAACUAUAUCUGUCAGAAAUGAUUUUGUAUGUUGGCUAUCUUGAUGGAAAAAGACAAUUUUAUCUUUUCUCUGUUUUCUUUCCCCAUAGACAAUAAAGGUCCUUGAUAUUCUUACAAUA